GAGAUCUACACGAAAGAUGAGAUCGAAACAAAGAAAAUUAUGUUUAACAAUAGAACCGAGUCACAGCGAAUUCGAAACCGAUCUGACGCAAACGAGUCAAUGGAAGGAGUUGGGGCUCGAUUCGGGCGAUCCUCCUCUCGGUACGGACCCGCCACGGUGUUCACUGGAACGGUCAGGAAAUGGGUCCACGUUUCCCCAUCUAACGCCACCACCAGCAGCAGCAACACCAGUAAUCACUCUUCUAAUUAUACUAAUACUAAUAAUCACCACAGCCCCAAGGCCCCCAACGGUGCUUCUAACGGUAAAAACGGCUCUCAUCUCCUCCUUUUUAAAUGGACCCCUUUAUCACAAAGCCAAAACAACACCAGCGGCAACAACGAUUCCUCCAAGGACGAUGAUGUGGCGCCGCCCGAGGAGCCUCCGAGGCGGAUAUUUAAAUACAUUCCGAUUGCUGUGCUAGAGGAACAGAAAAACGAAGCAGCUGAAAACGUUGAUGAUGAAGCUAAACCAAGUGAGGCUGAUCCUAGUGUUGCAGAGCCAACUUCCAGGAAUGAUGGUUUUGACGAAAAACCUGACAUUAAUGACGCACCUAUGGACGAAAGUCAGGAGUAUACUAAAAUAGUGCGGCAAGAUUUGAACAAAAGCACUCUGGAUUUGAGUUUGGGUUGAAUGGAACAUAUGGUUAGUCUAGUUCGAAAACAGCUCGUAAUGGACAGUUAGGAAGAGUGAAAUCGAGUAGCAGCUUGCGUGUCGUUUCGGCAUCUAGAUGGAGAUGAUAACUAGACAUUGACCUCCUUUUUUAAGGCCUUUUCUUAGAGAUUCAAUUUUCCCUUCGGCCUUCCAACUUGCAGUCCUUUUAAGUUAGAGAACAUUGAAAUGGCUUCUCUUUGUAUUUUUAGUUCCACAUUGUCUUUGUGAGCUGAUUGCAACUUGUAUUGAUUGAGAACAGAAUAUAUCUUUUGUUGUUUCCCCUGUGGACAUAC